CAGUACCCCUGCGACUGAUUGUACGCAAAAAUAGUUUCACUGUUUUGAAAAUGUGAAUAUAUUUUCCAUAGUCUAUUGAACAAAUAAAUCGGAAAUAUGUAUGAUUCGUAGUGUAAUAUAAUAUUUUAAAACUAUGGGUACAGUGCAAGAGAUCGAAGAUUUCUAUGGCGUGUAUUUAUUGGUCAGUAAAAGCUCCAAUUCGAAGUUUGCUGGGCGGACGUACAUUGGAUACACUGUUGAUCCUAACCGAAGAAUUAAACAGCACAACAGUGGCCAGGAAGGUGGAGGAGCCAAACGAACGUCCAAUCGGGGCCCAUGGGUCAUGGUAAUGAUAAUUCAUGGCUUUCCAAACAAUAUAUCAGCUUUAAGGUUCGAGUGGGCGUGGCAGCAACCAAAGCUUUCCAGACGCCUGAAGCAGAUCCCCGAGCUACAGAAAAAGCAACGCAAAGAAACCAAUUUUGAAUACAACUUCCGCAUUCUAACCGAAAUGCUACGAAUCGGCCCGUGGAAUCGACUCCCACUCACGGUUCGCUGGUUGGUGGAUGAGUAUCACCGUGAGUUUGAGGUCGGGAAGACGCCUCCCAUGCAUAUGCCGAUUUGUUUUGGCCGUGUGAAGAAAGUGCUGAAAAAUGGAAAAGUGACCAACAAUGUCAAGCAACCGGGGAAGGGCAACAAAAACGCCAAAGUCGUAAAGAGCGUUAGUAAAAGUAAGCAAAAUACCGUUGAUUAUGAUUACGAUGUUAAUGUGGAUGAGUACGACCUUAUUGUGAUGAACGCAGAAGAAAAAGGAGCAGGAAUUGAAACUGCUUGUAUAUCAGAAGCUUCACAGUUGAAUUCCUUAGAUGGUGACAUAACAGUCAUUUUGGAUGAUGGGGAGAAUGAUGAUGAGCCGAUAAUUGGACCAGAUUCCGUGAAGCAAUCGAUCGUCAAUUGUAUGGUUUGCAGCGAAUUAAUUCGUUCCGGAAAGGAUGGGAACGAUUUCGUAGUAUGUUGUGUUCGUCCGAGUUGUAAAUUCACUAGUCAUAUUGAAUGCCUGGCUGGUCGCUGUUUGGAGCCGGGCCAGUAUGUACCCGUAGAAGGCAGCUGUCCUAUCUGUGAUUGCCACUUUUUGUGGGGCGAUUUGAUAAGGAAGGCCAACGGUUGCAGUGAUUUAGUGAGUGAUAUGGAUAAUACCAGUGUGUUUGAAGUGGAUGAUAUAUCAGAUAGUGAUGGAGAUUAAUAGCUGUAUGUUGUAAUUGUACAAUUGAUACUAGUUUUGUUCUGAAUAAAUAUUGAAUUAAA